CACCCACAGUCGGGCUAAGCAGCCAUACAGAAGGACAGGUUGGCGGCAAUGUAACUGAAUUGACUUUAUAAGAUAAAUAAAACUACUGAUGACCUACAUUAGCUAAUUGCCUCUGAUGAUAACUGCAGACGUUACACUAUACUUAAUUAAACAUUGUUCUUAGCAUCAUAAUGAGCAUGUAUGUAUACAUUCAUACAUGAUAAACGCAUUUCAAAUGAGUAAGUACACUGUUCACAAAUCCAAAGACAACAGAGACCUUAUCACUUGAAAGGUCGUGGCCCUGACGGACCCACUUCGAUAAUGGGGAAGAUAGAAGGCCGGUGCUUGUUGCUCUACCUGGGUGUGUUCUUCUUCUCUUCAUUUACUGAUAACAGAUGUGUGUCGGAGCGACUGGCACGCUCCCACCGGUGACCGCAACACGAUGUUCACUUUGACUGCAUCAUGGAGCAGAAGACUGCGGCGUUCAUGUCUUUGGUUUUCGUCUGUUUUCUCGUCACACUGGUGUACGUGUCCUGGGUACAAGUCAGCAUCCCACCCCUAUACUUGCCUCUAGUCGCAAGAGGAGUUAACUGCACCAAGGUUUGGCAAGGAGUGGCAUCCGAGAUAUCACUCGCUAAAACUCUGGGGUCAGUACCUGCAACACGACCAAAGAACUUCUACUACAAGAUCACGAAGGAUUGCCCUACCUACCGGCGAUUGACUGGGUACGUGGAGCAGGUGAGUGAGGAGGAGAAGGCGUUUCCCCUGGCCUUCAGCAUCCUGCUGUACAAGGACGUGGAGCAGGUGGAGCGACUGCUGCGUGCUGUGUACCGACCUCACAACCUCUACUGUCUGCACUCUGACCUCAAGGCCAGCACUCAGGUGCAACGCCAGAUCCGCGCCCUGGUCACGUGUCUGCCCAAUGUAUUCCAAGCACCUCGACAAGUCGACGUUCGCUGGGGCACCUUCACUGUCCUCGAACCGGAGCUCAUUUGCAUGGAGGCACUUCUCCGCAAGUCCAAGAAAUGGCGGUACUUCAUCAACCUGACAGGACAAGAGUUUCCACUCAAGACCAACAAAGAGCUGGUGGCCAUCCUGAAAGCUUAUCGUGGAGCCAACGACAUCUUUGGAAAAUACGCACCGAGUAAUGCACACCGCUGGGACAAGGCAGGACCACCUCCACACAACAUGACCGUCGCCAAGGGACCGGUCCACAUGGCGGCGUCACGUGAGUUUGUGGACUUCUGUCUUCACUCCACCUACGCACGCGACUUCCUAGAAUGGAUUAAGAAAACAGAUGUGCCAGACGAGUCCUACUUCACCACCUUGAAUAACCAACAUCAGCUGGGAGUUCCUGGAGCAUACACAGGAGAGCUCGACUCCCCCAGGCGACAGAGUGUUAACCGCUACAAGUUGUGGUGGUCGUCGGAACAGAAUUGCGAUGGUCAGUGGGUUCGGGACAUCUGCAACUUCGGCGUGGGCGACAUCCACCGUAUGGUGGGCAGCGUCUUCAUGUUCGCCAACAAAUUCUCCUACGACUUCCAACCCCAGGGGUUCGACUGCUUGGAGCAGUGGUACUUCUCGCGAAUUCAGCGUGAAGAAGCUACUGGAGAACUGGACCUUGAUGUACAGUUCUAUCGCGACUUAGACAUUGUGAAGCAUGCGCUGAGAAAGAAUGUAACGUUUCCUAGUUGAAAAAGUUGAUAAAUUCCUAGUCUGGAUAAUAAAAUGUAAGAAGAAAGGACGAAUAACUGGCAACGAAAAAAGUGACAUCUGACACUGAAUGGAAAAAAGCAAAGUAAGAUUUAUCCUGAGCAUUUGUCUUCACCAUCAAUCUUCGAUGUAAAUACCAAAUGUUUGAUGGCAUUAUGGGAUAGUUAGGUCAACAAGAGAUGAUGGUAUAAGUAACAGUACAUGAACGCAACCACCGCUGGACGUUUGUAAACAACUUAACGAAGACUUAGUGCCACCUUUUGUAAGCUACAAGUUGUUGGGUUUUUCUUUCACGUUAUUAUUCAAUUAAAUUUUCUUAUAAUUAUUUAUUACUUUUAUAAAAAGAA